AUGGUAAAUACAAGACAGUCGCCUAAGAAGACUGAAAACCCUUUUACGCAAAAUCUUUCUACUACCUCUCGUGACCCUUUAACUAGGACCCCACGAUUUCUUCGUUCUACUAUUCAAGUUGACGCCGAGGAACCUACUUCUUCUACCACUGAUUCUGAGAGGAGCUCACCAACUACGCGAUUAUCGAAACCUUUCGAGUACAGCAAUAUGCCUCCAAAAAGAACUCCGGUUUCGAAGAUCCAAAAGACCGCUGCGUCGCCAUCUUCUCAACUAUCGGAUCUACACGAACAUCCGCAAUACCAGCUGAUGAGAGAUGAAUUGGAAGCACGCCUCCGUGCGGAGAUUAUACAAGAAUUUGAGGCAGUCAAGGAAAGAGAAGCCCGAAAUCGGCCAUUACUACAGCAAGGUGCAUCCCCAAAUCAUACGAUUCCAAGUAUUGAAAGAGAAUCUACCAAUCCGGAGAGUUCUGCCCCGCCUUUGAGUAGGAACGUUUCUUUCGCAUCUGCACCACCUGUUGCAGACAAUCGUUUUAGUACCCCUGUUUCGUCGAUCGCUUCUACAAGACCCGACAAGAUCCCACUUUUAUCUGCAAAGCUAAAUACAGGAGUGGAGCCAGAUAUCUCACCGGAGUUAUGGCGAAAGAAUAUUGAAGUUCGCUUCCAGCAAUACAACUAUGCAUUCAAUUCCGAACUGAUCCGAAUGGCAUAUGUUAUGGACAACGUGGAAGGAACCGCCCGUACUUUCUUGGAGCCUUAUUGGCUUCGAGAUCUAGCUGCAACUGCAGAAGAGUUAAUUGACCUGGUCGUCAAUUUCCUUUCCGACCCCUCAAAAGCCGAAAAAGCGAAUGAUAAGUAUCAAGAGCUGGCAAUGACUAAGCAUGAAGAAUUUCGGACGUUUUACCAUCAGUUCCGAUCUCUGGCUAGCCAAGCUCAGAUUCAUGAUGAGAAAACUCUUCGUAUUGAUUUACGGAGGAAAGUCCCCCUCCGCCUUCGCUCUUUCGCCGCUAAUGAUUACCGGAAGACAACCUCUCUGCAAGAUUAUGUCGAUUCCCUAACUCAUUUCGAUCAAGAGUUUCGUUCCCAAGAAGUUACAACUGGUAAAAGUUUUGGUGCUUACCGCGAUCCCCCGGCAGUUCGCUAUUCUAAAUCCCAAGGAAAAAAGAAUAAUCAAGAAGAGCAUCCAAUUAAGCAAUCUAGUAGCAAUCGCAACACCGACCGUCUACAACCUGAUACUCCACCUUCUCAACUCUUUAUACCUUCUCGCAGUGGUCAUCCAAAAGGUAAUAAUCCCGAUAAUCACCGCAUCCGUCAAGAUAGCGAGAAACCGAAUGUAAAGUUCAAACGAAGAGAUACUCCUCGUAUUAAUGAGUUAAACCCUAUCGAUCACACCGACAAGAAAGCCAAUCGUCUUCAACAGCUCAUAAAGGAUAAUCAGUUUGACCCUCGUAUCCUAACAGACGAACUACGCCUUGAUACUACUUCCGAAAAGCUAGUGGAUGCUAUCGAUCUUGCACCUAUAGCUCCCGACCUUAGUAUUGUAGCACGAGUUCUUCAGGCAAAUCGCAAUUCAAAAUCAUUACAACCUCUUCGUAUUCAAGCAAGCAAAGGUGACCCUCACUUCACCCUCGAUGAAGGAUUACUGCUCUACCAGGACCGAUUAAUCGUCCCUGACACCGACAACCUGCGUACUCUUCUUAUUCGCGAAGUGCAUGAUCAAGUGUUUACAGCGCACCCAAGUGUGAACAAAACGAUCGUUAUGUUAAGCCGUCGUUACUAUUGGCGAGGCAUAAGCGCUUAUGUAAAGCAAUACAUUCGCAACUGUCAUAUGUGUCGACGUUCUAAGGUUCCAAGAGAUAAGAUCCCCGGACUCCUUCAUCCACUCCCUGCCCCCACUCGUCCCUGGGAAUAUGUUACGAUGGACUAUUGUAGCUUCAAUAAGGAUAAGUAUGGAUAUGAUAAUAUAUUAGUCAUUAUUGAUCGUUUCAGCAAACAAGCUAUUACUAUACCCUGCAGGAACACAAUCACCACUAAGGAAAUAGCUCAGCUUUAUAUAUAUCACAUUUAUCGCUACUUUGGUCCUCCCCUUACUAUGCUCUCAGAUCGAGGCUCCGUCUUCAUUUCAGCGUUUUGGAAAGAGUUCAACACUAUUCUAGGAACACAGAUCAAGCUCAGUUCAACUGAUCAUCCUCAAACCGAUGGCCAAACAGAGAUCUAUAAUCAGUAUUUGACACAACGGCUACGCCCUUUUGUCAAUUACUACCAAACUAAUUGGUCAGAUUUGCUACCUAUGAUGGAUUAUGCUCAACUUACUCUUCCAUAUGAUUCCCUUGGAGGCCUUACCCCCUUCGAAGUUGUUCAUGGAUUUCCCCCUAGAGAUCUAUGGGAUUGGCGAAUACAGUCUACCGAACCUAAAGACAAGAUUAAUAUCGAAGAAGCUCGCUCAUUAGCUCGAAGUCUUCACAAUGCUCAAGCAUUAGCUCGUCGACAAAUCAUUCUAUCCCAGGAACGAAUGACUAAUCAAGCUAAUAAGCAUCGUCGAGAAGUCGAUUUCGAUGUUGGUAACAAGGUUUGGUUGGAUACCCGGUAUUACACAACCCAGCGUCCCUCUAGAAAGCUAGACAACCCAGUUUCAGGACCCUUCAAGAUUCUCGAAAAGAAAGGUCAUUCCUAUCGGCUGGAGCUACCUAGCUCAAUGAAGAUUCAUGAUACCUUCCCGCCCGAAAAGCUCCGCAAAGCAGCUGACGACCCGCUUCCUGGCCAGCACACUGAUCCUAGCCCCCCGAUCAAUAUUAGUGGUGAAGAAGAGUGGGAAGUUGACGAUAUACUUGCGUCUAGAAGCUGGCACAAACAAGUAAGGUAUCGAGUAUCCUGGCUCAAUCAUGAUCCGGAUCCUACAUUCUACCCUGCCUCAAACUUUAUGUAUGCACCUCAUAAGCUGCGUGAAUUUCACUUAGCACACCCAACUCAGUUUGGCCCCCCAGCACUACUUAUGGAGUGGAUUAAGAUGUAUGAGGAAGAAAGGGAUGAUUAUGAUGAGCUAGCCGACAAUAAAGCGAUGGAUGAAAGCUCGAGGGCGAGCUUUUUCAGAAGGGGGGGGUGA